UGUGUUUCCACGAGUUCAAAGCAAACUGAGCGUUUUCGUUUCUACAAGCCCGCAGUGAAGGAAUAACCUGCGCUACCGUACUAUUACUGCCCUGUGCCGAAGGAGGAAAACGGAUUAGGAACGAUUAUAUGUCUGCAUCCGCCGCCAGAAGCUCCACGCUGGUUGGGAAGUCUAUAGCAGCUCCCACGCGGCAGCGCUUACCACUGCAGUUGUGCCCAGAGUGUUUCCGACCGCUACCACAACGAUACCCAGCAGCCCGCCAACAACGACGCGUGUACCAUGAGUCGAGCAAAUUUCGCCAAUCUGCCGUCGCUGCAGCGGUCGCGAAGGCGAAAGAGCUGUUCAAUGGCCCUCCGCCACCAGGACCGAUGGGCAUUGACCCUCUCAGAAGUGUGGCGGAGGAGAUGAAGUUCAUGACGGGCAAGAUCAGACAACUCAUAGGUUCCGGUCAUCCCAUGUUGGAUACAGUGUCCAAGUACUACACGCAGUCCGAAGGCAAAUACAUUCGACCGAUGCUUGUGCUGUUAAUGUCACAAGCUACAUCGAUGCUACCUACGCAGUCGAGAUCAUGGUCAAGAGGAAGAGAAGAGGUCGACCAAUCCAUAACACCGGCGUCGGUAUUGGCAGAUUCGAACCCGACCUCUCCGCUCACAGCACCCAGUGUUGAGAACGGACAGACUUCUGAUACAUCAGUUCUUCCGUCACAGCGGAGACUGGCAGAGAUCACGGAGCUGAUACACACCGCCUCUCUACUACACGACGACGUGAUCGACACAUCUACAUCAAGAAGAGGGAAUCCGUCCGCCAACAUUGCGUUUGGCAACAAGAUGGCGGUGCUUGCGGGAGACUUCUUACUAGGCAGAGCAUCUGUCGCACUAGCUCGCCUUCGAGACCCUGAGGUAACCGAGCUGCUUGCGACCGUGAUUGCGAAUCUCGUAGAAGGCGAGUUCAUGCAGCUAAAGAACACCGUUCUAGACGAGCGGCAUCCCGUCUGGAGCGAAGACGCAAUCACGUACUACCUUCAGAAGACCUACCUCAAAUCGGCCAGCUUGAUCAGCAAGUCGUGUCGUGCAGCGGCAUUACUUGGCGAUCACUCGGUGGACGUUGUGGAGGCUGCGUACCAGUACGGCAAGAACUUGGGCUUGGCGUUUCAGCUGGUGGACGAUAUGCUUGACUAUACCGUGAGCGGGCAGGAGCUCGGUAAGCCUGCGGGUGCCGACCUCGAGCUGGGUUUGGCCACUGCACCAUUACUGUUUGCAUGGAAGAACAACCGGGAGCUAGGUACGCUCGUCGGCCGGAAGUUCUGCGAGGAUGGCGACGUUCAGAUGGCUCGCGAAAUGGUUGUCCGCAGCGACGGCAUCGAGCAAACGAGAGCACUUGCUCAGGACUACGUGGAUAAUGCGGCACGUGCGAUCUCCGGCUUCCCCGACAGCGAGGCAAAGUUCGGACUUAUAGAUAUGUGCUCCAAGGUUAUGGAGCGGAGGAAGUGAGUGAGAAGUACGUACUUGGCGAAUACGCCUCAACUCACUUUUACAACAAUGUGUGUGUACAUCAACCCGCGACACAACUUGUUCCUGGUCACGAAAGCCGGAACCGAGCACGGCAUGGUAGCACAUUACUGCAUAUAUAGAUCUGUAUAGCACUGUACAACCGGAAAGCAAUUCGAGGCUUUCUCACGA